AGGAGAUACAGACACCGGAAGUAGGACGUUUCGUCACUGUAGUGGGGAAUUCAAACUUCGACAACAGGACGUAUAUUACUAAUACAAAGUAUAUAUUUACCCACAUUCGUGAUAACGUUUGCUUUCUUCACUAUAUCCAAGUUUUUUUAAAGUUUUUUUAUUUAAGCUGGAAGGUUGUGUUUUCGGCGAGAUGCCCAUGGACAGCGCGGCGGAACUCCUCACGUACUAUGAAGUCUACGAGACCAUCGGCUCCGGAGGCUUUGCUAAGGUCAAGCUGGGUCGCCACAUCCUGACUGGAGAGAAUGUGGCCAUUAAAAUCAUGGAGAAGAAGGAACUGGGGGAGGACCUUCCUCGUGUGAAGGUGGAGAUAGAGGCCAUGAAGAGUCUGAGCCAUCAGCAUGUCUGUAGACUGUACCACGUUAUAGAGACUAAUACCAAGAUAUACAUGAUCCUGGAGUAUUGUCCAGGAGGAGAGCUGUUUGACUACAUCAUCGCUAAGGACCGUCUGUCUGAAGAGGAGACAAGAGUGUUCUUCAGACAGAUCGUUUCGGCGCUGGCCUACGUCCACAGCCAGGGGUACGCCCACAGAGACCUGAAACCGGAGAACUUGUUGCUAGAUGAAGACCACAACCUGAAACUGAUAGACUUUGGUCUCUGUGCCAAACCCAAGGGGGGUCUGGGAUAUGAGCUGAUGACCUGUUGUGGUAGUCCAGCCUAUGCCGCUCCAGAACUCAUCCAGGGGAAAUCCUACAUCGGCUCUGAGGCUGAUGUGUGGAGUAUGGGGGUACUGCUGUUUGCUCUGCUGUGUGGAUAUCUGCCCUUUGACGACGACAACUGUAUGGUUCUCUACAGGAAAAUCACUAGAGGUACAUACAACAACCCUCACUGGCUGUCUCCUGGGAGCAUCCUGCUGCUCAACCAGAUGAUGCAGGUGGAUCCUAAGCAUCGUGUGACCAUCAAACAACUCCUAGACCACCCCUGGAUGACGUCUGGUUAUGACAGCCCUGUGGAGUGGCACAGCAAGCAACCUUUGGGUUAUAUAGAUGAGGACUGCAUCACUGAGAUGUCCGUCAACCUGAAGAACUCCAGGCAGAGCAGCCUACAGCUGGUCAAUGAGUGGAAGUACGACCAGACCACUGCCACCUACCUGUUGCUACUCUCUAAGAAACAGAGAGGGAAACCUGUCCGGAUCAGGCCUCAACUUCCUGUCUGUGAUGUCAUAUCCUGUUCACCUCAACACCUGGGAGUACAGAAGACUGUACUCUUCGGUGAUGAUGAUGCUGAGGACUGUUGCUAUGAUAACGACCUGCCCUGGGUUCCGCUCACACCCCAACAAGAGAGAGCGACCUGUCCGUCAGCUGAAAAGAGGCGGGAUCAAACGAACCACGCCCCCCACUCCGGAAGAAGGAGCCAAUCACACACCACUGUCGCCAGGAGAGGCGGGGCCUGGAACGGACCAAUGAAAACAAAGAGAACGUUGCCGUGGCCAAUAAGGAUGCUGAUAUAUUUGCUUUGCCCGCCCCCCGAACCCCAGGUUGGCAACAGGGUAGACACACCCCAAGGAGGAGGCGGCAGUACUUGCAAGGACCCGUCGAGGAAGAGACAGAGGGAGAGAGUGGAAAGAAAGGAGGAAGAAGAGAUGGAGGAACUGAUCUUCAGCCCAGAGAGAAGGUCCCGGUCCUUAGACCUGGCGGGGGCGUCUCGGGGGGACAGCGGCCAGAAGAGGAAGGGCGGUAAGGUAUUCGGCAGUCUGGAGAGAGGGCUGGAUAAAGUCAUCACCAUGCUCACACCCAGCAAGAGACGAGGGCUACGGGACGGACCACGCAGGAUCAAGGCCCAGUAUAAUGUAACAUUGACCAGUCAGACCAACCCGGACCAGGUGUUGAACCAGAUCCUCUCCAUUCUACCGGAGAAACACGUCGACUUCGCACAGAAAGGCUAUACUCUGAAGUGUCGUACCCAGGGGGACUUUGGGAAGGUCACCAUGGCUUUUGAGCUGGAGGUGUGUCUGCUGCACAGACCUGAGGUGGUGUGUGUGAGGAGACAGAGGCUGAAGGGAGACUCCUGGGUUUACAAACACCUGGUGGAGGACAUUCUCUCUACUUCCAGCAUCUAGACGUCACUACUUCCUGUUGAUGUCACAUCCUGUCCACGUCCAGCACUUAAAGCAGGUGUCUUGAACUAAUUCCAUGUAGGGCAGAGUGUCUGCAGGUUCACUCUUCCCUUGUACUUAAUUGAUGAAUUAAGGUCACUGAUUAGUUAGGACCUCCCCUCACCUGGUUGUCUAGGACCUCCCCUCACCUGGUUGUCCAGGACCUCCCCUCACCUGGUUGUCCAGGACCUCCCCUCACCUGGUUGUCUAGGACCUCCCCUCACCUGGUUGUCCAGGACCUCCCCUCACCUGGUUGUCCAGGACCUCCCCUCACCUGGUUGUCCAGGACCUCCCCUCACCUUGUUGUCUAGGACCUCCCCUCACCUGGUUGUCCAGGACCUCCCCUCGCCUGGUUGUCCAGGACCUCCCCUCGCCUGGUUGUCCAGGACCUCCCCUCACCUGGUUGUCCAGGACCUCCCCUCACCUGGUUGUCCAGGACCUCCCCUCACCUGGUUGUCCAGGACCUCCCCUCACCUGGUUGUCCAGGACCUCCCCUCACCUGGUUGUCCAGGACCUCCCCUCACCUGGUUGUCCAGGACCUCCCCUCACCUGGUUGUCCAGGACCUCCCCUCACCUGGUUGUCCAGGACCUCCCCUCGCCUGGUUGUCUAGGACCUCCCCUCGCCUGGUUGUCCAGGACCUCCCCUCACCUGGUUGUCCAGGACCUCCCCUCACCUGACACAAAUCAAAAAGUAAAAUAACUAAAACCAGCAGAUAUCUGCCCUCGGUGGAAUGAGUUGGACACCUGAUCUAGAAGCACAGAUCUGGGAACAGUCUCCAUUUCCUCAACCUUAACUAGUGUAACUAUAACUAGUAGGGGGGGGGGGGGGGGAUCGACAUGGAAAACUGACCUGAGAUCAGUGUCACGUUUUAUAAGAUUACAACUUCCUGUCUUUUACAUGUGACAUUCCUUUCCUCCUUAAACAUGUUUCCUUUUAAGUGUGUCACGUUUUAUUUCCUCCCCCCUGAUUCAGUAGCAGGAAGGAGUUUUGAGGUGUUACGAAAUGAUAGACCUUUUUAGCUUCACAGAAUAAUAGUUUACUGAAAGCAUGAAUUCUUUACAGAAUAACAGUUCAAUGAAAGCAUUAAUACAACUUUGUUUGUUUGUACAUAUACCAGUAAUAGGAUUCCCAAUUUACUUGUUUCUCUAUCAUGUCUUUUACUUUUGUAGGAGAAAUGUUGUUUUAACUAUAUAGUAUGUUUUCCUGGUUUUCUGUCUGUACGAGAUGAUUUAUGUUAAUAACGCUUUGUAAAGGAACAAAAUAAAUGGAGUUUGAAGAGA